GUAAAAAUACUUGUAGCGUCUCCUUGCACGACGUUGUUGCCUGGUGCUCCUUGCAGCUACUUGGACACAAACCAGUCGGUGACCCAUGGCGUCCGACGAGCAGAAGUUGCCAGCUUCUGUCCGAACUGCCCGUGAUUUGCUGGCUAAGGCAGUUGAGAAGGCUGGUAUUCAGAUUAGCGGUGGACUUGCCAGCGAUGCCAAAAUCCCAUUGAAAGAUAUUUUUGUCAACUUGACGUUGCUGACAAAGGACGAACUUUCCAAACUUUUCAAUAACGAGUCAUCGUCCUUUUCGUCUGCUUCUGAACGAGCACGCCAGUUGAAAUUGUUCUCCGAGGCUCAGCCGCAAAGGGUCGCUACGGCCGAGCGUGGCAUUGAACUGGAAGAUAUUUUCUCCGCUAUCACCGAGCCGUCUUGCAAUCAGGGGGCCGCGCCACGCCCGGGCUGUGACCAUGAGGUAGCUGAUUCUGGUUUACUGGCGCGUGCCAAAGAACCCGUGGAAGAGAAAAUGAAGAAUGUACUAGCGUUUGGAAGCGCUGGCUGUGGCAAAUCCACGAUCUUUCUGAUCAUGCUGGAAUACCUCUGGUCUAAAGGUGAGCUGUGGCGUGGAAAGUUUGAUCUGGUAUUGGCAGUGGAAUUACGACGUGCCGAGGUGCAAGCUGCUACGAGCUUGUGCGACUUGCUGGCACGUCGAUUCUCCAGUCUGGAUGUGGAGAUAGAUGAGCUGCUGGAGAUGUCCCGGUUCUUUCGCAGCAACCAGUCCCGUCUUUGCAUUGUGCUAGACGGGCUGGAUGAGUGCAAGUUGGAGAACUGCAGUGAAUACAUGCGUGAUCUACUGUUGAGAAGGCGUAGUGGUGAUAUGCAUGUGGUGGUGACGUCUCGACCAUGUACUGAUGCUCAUACUCUGUCUCAGUGUGGAGAGUAUCAACAGCAAGUGGAGGUGGUUGGAUUCUCACCAGACAACGUUGCAACGUAUGUGAGGAAAGUGGUGGGCGGUGUGAAAGGCGAGGCUAUGCUGGAGCAGCUCCGCUCACAAGAGGGCACAAUGUCGCUAAUGUGUACACCUCUGUUUGCUGCGCUGGCUUGUGAAUUGUUCAUGGACGACAGAGACGGUAGUAAAUUGCCGGAAUCCAGUACAGGACUGUACGAGUUGCUUGUCCGCCGUGUCAUGGAACGACGUGCGGGCAAACGCUACAAGAUGCUUUCCACCAUCAAGACAGACGAGGUUGAAGUGUUGAAGGAGCUAUCUGCUUUUGCACUCUCUAUGCUAGCUCAGCAAAAGAUGGUGUUCAACGAGGAGGAUGUCAUUUCGGCACAACUAAGCGCGCCAGCAAUUGAAUUAGGAUUGCUGAUGGCUUACAAGAGCACCAGCUCAACAGAAGACCGGCAAUAUCGAUUUGCUCACUUGUCCAUUCAGGAGUUCUUGGCGGCCUGGUACGUGUCUAGCGAGAUGCUGAACGACGAGAACGACGCUGCGUGGCUGGUGAGGAGAGUCGGCCAUUACAGCGGUCACAUGACCAUGUUCUGGCGUUUCCUGAUCGCGCUCACACCGCCAAAGCCCGCAGUCGCCAUCAUGGAGCAUCUGUGGCGGAUAAUCUGCGACGGCGACCGUACACAACGUGCAUGCAGCCAGACUGAUACACGCCUGCUCGACGACAUUGUGAGCCGUUCUCAGCCAACCAAGAAAAGCAACGACGUGGACCGUAUCCAUGCGGUGCUGAAAUCUGCGCUGUCAGUUGAAAAGAUGAAAGAGCUCGCCGAUCAGCUGCUGGUUGGCACCGCCGGGCAAGGACGUGGUCGUCAGCGUGUCGACAAUGCUCUGCCACGAGGCAUGGAGUUGACGGACGACUUGUACCUGGAUACUCUUGUAAGCGUAUGGAAGAACGAGGCAGUGGAGGCGAGUGCAGAGGUGUUCCUGUCGGCUGUACGUAAAGUGGAUCCCGCGACCGCAUCGCAUUGUGAGCAGCAUGCGACGACAAGCGCAACAUCGGAGAUAUCGACACCAUCGGCACCUGGAGCUGCCCCGGCUGCUACUGCUGCACCCAUACGGCCUCCUGCACCACGUGGCGAGGGAGAACGCCGUUGCCUAGCUGAUUUGUUAGUAGCUUAUCUAGAGCACUGCCAGUAUCAAGGUACGUCAUCUUGUAAUGGCCAUUGUUCAUUCUUCUCUCAGGUCUUUUCUCUGAAUUUUCUUUAUGUGAGCCUCAGCCUGUUAGAUUGCACUGCCAUUGCUCAUUUCCUCACAACCCAUUUUUGUGUGGACGUGCAGGAAGUGUACCUUGAUUGGUGUAGCUUACCCAGCACUGCUAUGCGCUGCAUUCUUAAUGGCUUGGCACACUACACACAUGUACGUGUGCUCUCUUUGCAUGGGAAUCGCUGUACCGAUGGUAAUGUCUUUUCAUCAGCCAUUCUGUCCGCAUCGUCCAGCCUGGAGCAUGUGGAUUUAGAUUACAAUAAAGUCGGCAUUGACGGCUUAGCUUUGGUCUGCCGAGCGCUGAGUUCAUGUAGGAAGUUGCGGCAUAUUUCAUUUAACUGGUUAUGCAGUGGUGAGCGCGGUGCUGAUGUGCCGCUCACGAUCAUUCUGGAAAUUCUCCAUUCUAACAGGAACCUGGGUGUACUGUAUGUCCACGGGUAUUCCUUCACGUAUGUUCCUAGAUCGGAGAAACGACGUGUACUAGCCCGGUUCGUACAGGCUGUUCGCCAGUGUAGCCAGCUUAGUGUGCUCUGCUUCUCUCCAGAGUAUGGGGAUAACAGCAGGUUGGUGUCUGAGCUACAGCCGCUGGUAGAUGAUCCUGAAUGUGCUCUCCAGAUGAUUGGAGGGUUCUGAUUGUAACUAUGACAAAGUACAGUUGCCAUGGUUAUAGCCAGCACCAGCCCCGGCAUAUAUUCUCUCUGGCGGUGAGCACUGUGUUCUAUUCUUGUACAAAACUUGAUUUUUCAGCCGCUACAGUUAACUGCUUGCCUAUAACGGGGCAAUGCAAAGCCCAUUUUCCUCUUGCCCAGGCCAAACACUGAGUUGACCGUAUGAGCUUUCCUUGCCAGUGGUGCCUGUCUAUAUAGCAGAUAAUUUUCAAAAACUUUUCAAUCUUUUCUCAUUUCUUGAGCGCUGCCAUGCUGAAAACACUGCCUGCAAUACAAAAAUAUUAUUUUGAGUGUCUUGUACUGACACGAUGUUUUCACUUCAUUUCCUUGUCUCUUCUGUGUUUCCUGAAUUACACUGACAGUUGGCUGUGUGCAGUGCACCGGUAUGCAGACUGUAUGUUUGUUUGUGAAGAACACGUGGAGUGAUUCACAUGAAUGUCAA